ACAAAUGUAAACAAACAUACCGUGUGGAUCCAGCAAAGUGCUCCUUUCCAUACAGCAACCCCUUUCGCUAGCAGUGGUUUAUUACAUUUCCGGAUGGAAACGAUCGAUUCGAAGUGCGAUAGAAUAGGCCCUUUAUAGAAUGUCCAGCACACCAGCCGGCAGCGAUGGACCAGCAGCUGUGAAAAAGUCCGCGGAGAAAACGCCACGCAAGAGAGACCGCACCGACGGCGGCGGCGGCGGUGGUGGUGGUUCAGCUGGGAAAGGAAACGGCACUAGCAACUUCCAGCGCAAACCAACCGACCGCCAUACAGUGAAGAAUCGUGUCCUUCCGAAGUACUUUACGCGCGAGAACGACGUUUACGUUACAUACAAGUCCGACUUUACAUAUCAGCUCAAAUCCUGUCUGGACAUCCUGAACUCCCCGCUCGGAGAAGUGUUCCUGCACUGCACCGGCCGGGCGAUCAACCGUGGCAUUAAUCUGGCGCUACGGAUAAAGGCCGAAUUUCCCGAAGCGUUCGAGUACGAGGUGAACACAUCCCAGAUAGCGAUCACGGAUGAUUUGCAUCCCCUGCACGACGAGGACGACUUUAUGGUGCAGCGGCGCAUGAACUCGUGCCUGCACAUUCGACUGUACCGCACAAUUACGGUGAAGCAGUCCACCAAGGUCGUUGGGGAGAGAACUUAA